GUGAAACAAGAAGAUCUAGAGUAGCCGACGCAGACCUCGACAAAACAGCGAAGAUGUCUCAGUGCAUGAGAACCUUAAACCCUCCAAAAACCCUUCUCAACAACACUAAUCUCUCAUUAUCCAAUCCGACUGUACCUUCAAUCUCUUCCUUUGAACCAAAAUUCAAACCAAAAUCAAAGAGAUACCUGAGGAUAUCCGUAACUUCUGCACAUAAUCAAACCCAGAAACAAAAAUUGUCACUUGAUGCUCUAAUCAACAAUAGCCGCAAAGAGGAGCUCCUUGGCGCCAUUAAAGGCUCAUUAUCUAAUUGUCUCUCGGAGACAAAUCUUCAUUUGACGGUUCCCGGUCUCAAAUCCAAGACCAGAGGAAAGGUGAGAGAUAUUUAUGAUGGUGGGGAUUAUCUUGUUUUGGUCACAACUGAUCGGCAGAGUGCAUUUGAUAGAAUUCUCGCUUCUAUUCCCUUUAAAGGCCAGGUUCUAAACGAGACGAGUCUGUGGUGGUUCAAUAGAACUCAACACAUAACUCAGAAUGCUGUUGUGUCUGCUCCUGAUAAAAAUGUUGCGAUUGCAAAGAAAUGCUCAGUUUUUCCUGUUGAAUUUGUUGUUAGAGGGUAUGUGACCGGAAGUACCGAUACCUCGCUAUGGACAAUCUACAAAAGUGGUAUCCGAAAUUACUGUGGGAACGCCCUUCCAGAUGGCUUGGUAAAAAACCAGAAGCUGACUGAAAAUAUACUUACUCCAACAACCAAGGCUACAGAUCAUGAUGUUCCUGUAACUCCUAGCGAGAUAAUUGAGCAGGGGUUAAUGACUCAAGCUGAUUAUGAUGAAGCCAGUAGAAAAGCAUUGAGCUUAUUUGAGUAUGGACAGCGUGUGGCUUUGGAGCAUGGCUUGAUAUUAGUAGACACAAAAUAUGAAUUUGGAAAGGGCUCUGAUGGUUCAAUUUUAUUGAUUGAUGAGGUGCAUACACCUGACUCUAGCAGAUACUGGAUUGCACAUUCUUAUGAAGAACGCAUUCAGGAUGGCCUUGAACCUGAAAAUGUUGAUAAGGAGUUCUUGCGGUUGUGGUUCAAGGAUCAUUGUGAUCCAUACAAAGAUGAGGUCCUUCCUGAUGCUCCUGAAGAACUUGUUUGUGAGCUAGCUUGGAGAUAUAUUUUCCUGUACGAGAAGAUAACUAAAUCAAAAUUUGAGGUGCCAUUGUUAGAGGAACCAAUACACGAUCGGAUCUCAAAAAAUGUUGAAUUAGCAUUAUCAUCCUUGAAGUGAUUCUAGGCGUGAGGCUCCACAUGCUUCUCUGAUUGAGAUUACAGCAGGAAUUGGAGACUCACCUUUCUUUGACGCUAUUUUAUGCGUUUGGUCUUUGGCUAUGCUAAUUUCCAGAGGCCUUGGUUUAUGAUUGAGUUGUGCAUAAUAGGCCAAAUUAUUCUGGGUCAACUCACUCAUAUUACAAAUAAUCAGCUGGUCUAUUGUGUGCUCAUCUUCAUGGUGCAUUUUCAUUGAAAAUAGAAAUGAAUGAAUUUAUGCAA